AUGUCCCCACCCACUGACCAGUUUCUCGCUAUAUCGUGCGCUAAUGUUGGGGUUGGUCCGGGAGGUACUACCUCGAUGCUGGCACGGGUGUCCAUCGUUAAUUACCGAGGCUCAACAGUGUUCGAUCAUUACGUUGCACCUACGAUGCAGGUAGUGACGGACUAUAGGUCAGUUACCACAGGAAUUAGCGAGUCCGAUUUAUAUUCUGCAGACGCCUGGGCCUUCAAUGUUGUUCAGCAGUACGUCGCAAAUCUCAUUAAAGGCAAGGUUCUUGUUGGGCACGGUAUAUGGAACGACCUUUCAGUACUUGGGAUACCACAUCCCGCUGUGUCUACUAGAGACGUAGCCUUAUACCAGCCGUUUCGAAAUGCGCUACGUUCUCCCCACCAAAUUAUUGGUCUUCAAACUUUGGCAUGGCAGUUACUGUGUCGGCGAUGUCAGGAAGGUCAACUACACCCACUCGAAAAUGCUCGUGUGGCCUUGGACUUGUAUCGGUCACAUGCUGACGAAUGGGAAAGUGCUAUUUCAAAGAAUAAUUGGCCAUGUGCUCUCCCGCCAAGUACUUUUUCUCGUUGCUACCUGUAG